CCGGAAGUUUGUCUUUUUUCUUUGGGAAAUCGAAAUUGUACUGUCGUGAACGUGUUAGUGGUUUACUCGUCUGCUUCCGCGCUCAUCUAGAUAAAUCUAAUCAUGGAAGAGUGUGGUGAUUGGGAAAUUAACAUUCCUGUGGAGGCCGAGGUGAAAACUGUUCCCUUGAAGAGCUUACCAAAGUCAGUCAUCGGGAAAAUAGGCCUCCCUGUCUCUGAGGGCGACCCUGCCCGGAAGCAGAGUGACUCAACAGAUGUGACGUGGAUCUGUCCAGCGGUGGUCAGAAGAAAAGGACAGGAAUCUGUCUCAGGCUCAGGAAGACAUUUGGCUGACGAGGUGCUCUCGUUCGUUGGCUCGCAGGUUCCAGGAUGUCCUUUGAAAAUGUCUUUUAUUUCCUCCAACCGAGCAGCCAAGGACGUGCUCAAGAACAUCUCCCCUGGAAGACGUUCGUCCAAAGAAGAGCUUUUGAGUCGGGACUCAGCUCUGCUGGCCGAUGACGACGCUAUUGUCAUCUACAAAGGGCAGAUUUAUCUGUGCAUCAGGAGGACCAAGAAAAGAACUUCGAGGAGAAAGAAACGGCAGCCGAAGGAUGGCAGACCGAAGAUAAAAACCGAUGCAGGUAAAGUGAAAUGCUGUGAGAAGACUGAGCUGAAAACAAAAGCCGUUCCCUCGGUCAGGGAUGAGUCCUCGGCCCCCCGGCCUUCUGACAGCACAUGCAGAGCAGACGGGGACAGUCCAGGAAGAGACCAGGAAGAGGUCUGGACCAAUCACAUGAAUGGGAGUCAGGUGAACAGUCAGGAGGAUGAGCACAGUGGCAGACAGUGGUGGACAUCGGGGGAGCCUGUUGGGGGCGCUGCCGCCUCCAUAUCCAGAGAUUCAGAAUAUGAAGAGCUGGAGCGGGAGGAGGAGAUAGCGAAACUAUAUCAACUAGUUUAGACAUAAAUUAAUGAGAUGAUCUGCCAUUUGUUUUUUCUACACUGGGAUUUUCCUGCUCAUUCUGGACUCGUUUCAAACCCAUGACCACUAGAGUCAGACUUGGAGGAUGUCUCCACUUUACAAGGACAAACUCUUUAUUUAAUGCUGUGACAGCUACUCUUAUAUUCAGAUUAAUAGACAGUGGUUUGAAUCUUUUGAAAUGAGCAUAAAUAAACUAUGAUGAACAGAC